CAAGAAUAUUGCGUCGUUAGUUGCUUAUGUCUUUUGGUAACUUGAUUUCUUCCGGUUUUGUCACGUCGACUGCGAGAAUAAUGCCUCCCCGGUCCUAGUUACGAUUUUCUCGAAAUUCUGACGAUUUGACUAUACGCGUUACGAACUUUGACGUUCUAUCGAUAGAGAUAUAUAUUCAUUGAAUUAAUAACCUGUCAACGGAUGCAAGGAGAAGAAUCGGGACGCUGAGCAUUCCGAAAUAAACGCAAAAGGAAAUUGUUGGUGGAGGAGCAUUCCUUCGCCAUGUCAAAAGAUGAUAGUUUAUCCAAGAAUUCUCCCUCACAGGGAGCGCCUCAGCCCACAGGGGGAGAGACGGCGUCUUCAAGACCGCAGUCUCUGCAAGCACCACCGUCGAUUUUAAGGACUCCAUCGCAGGAAAGCAUCGGUUCAAGGCCUCUCCCUACUAGGGCAUUUUCGGAUUCUGGCCGCCGAUCGUCCCAGCAGCAACAUGUUCGCUUCUCGACCGAUCUCGAACGACCCGGUGUGGAGGAAUCGCGAGAUGGGAGUUGGGAAGGGCGACGGGCGGCGUCCAGGGAGCUUACUCUGAACACUACCAAUCUGGCACCUCCGCGAUCCCAUUCUGCCGGUUGCUCUCCAGAUCGGAGUCUCUCUCCUCUCUCUCCCAAUGCGGCGCUGUCCCCUCCGUCACCCCAGGAGUCGGGUCGCUCAAGAUCCCGCAAUCGGGGGUAUUCGCUGCGUCGCGCCAUAUUUACCAAAAACAUGCAACCUCAGCCUGGCGAGGUGCCUCCCAGUGCGAUUGAAUUAGGUGAGGCCAGUGGUCCGCAAGAGACGACUCAGCAGGUACAUGAGCCAACCAAGGACAAGCGCAUUCCAGCGGAGGAUGGAAACGCAUCGGAAGAUGAGAAGCAUGGAUUGACGAUUGAAGAGGCUACUGCGGAUUCAUCAACUUCAAGAGAAGAUGUAUCGACCUACUUUUCGGAACCGUCCGAGGACAACAAAGGGAGACUUUCCACGUCGAUUUCGCAGGAGAGGUGGCUCAAAAGAAAAGCGAUGACCACUCUGAUGAUCAACCGUGUCAACAACGCUCUGGAGGCCAUUCGUAAGACUAUCCUACGCAUCAAAGACAUUCCCCCAAGCAAGGAUGGCCGUCACAUCGACCUGGAUCCGAAAUGCACUCAAACCCCCAUUGACGAACGCACGGGGAAACCAUAUACCGGCAACUGGAUUCGGUCGAGUCGCUACAGUUUCUGGAGUUUCUUCCCUCGUCAGUUGUGGGCGCAAUUCACCAAACUUGCAAACUUCUAUUUCCUGGUUGUCGCGAUUCUGCAGAUGAUUCCUGGUCUGAGUACUACCGGUACUUACACUACUCUGGUUCCCUUGUUGGUUUUCGUUGGUAUCUCGAUGGGUAAAGAAGGACUUGAUGAUUGGCGUCGCUAUCGCUUAGACAAAGAAGAAAACAACCGUUAUGCGAACGUUCUGCGCCCUGGAAAAGGCGCUUCCCCGGCAGCCUCAAGUGGUGACGUCUCCGUGACAAGCGAUUCCCAGGAUUGGGCUUCUAUCAAAUGGGAAGAUAUCAAGGUCAGCGAUGUUAUCAGACUCGAGCGCGAUCAGCCCGUGCCUGCGGAUUUCGUCUUGCUUCAUGCCGAGGGACCCAAUGGAAUUGCGUACAUCGAGACCAUGGCUUUGGAUGGUGAAACGAAUCUCAAGAACAAACAGCCAUGCCAGCCAGUCUCCAAAGUUUGCGCCACAGUCGAGGAUAUCUGCAGCAACUCCAUUCAUUUUGCAGUGGAAGACCCCAAUCUGGACCUGUACAAGUUCGAUGGCAAUGUGGUCAUCAACGGCCAGGAAAAGUUGCCCUUGACUAACAACGAGAUUGUCUACCGUGGGAGCAUUCUGCGCAACACUGAGCAUGUUCUCGGGAUGGUCAUCUACACCGGCGAGGAGUGCAAGAUUCGAAUGAACGCUAACAAGAACCCGCGGAUCAAGUCACCCUCCCUGCAGGCCAGGGUUAACCGCGUCGUCAUGCUAAUUGUGGCGCUAGUCGUCGCGUUGGCGGUCGCCUGUACCAUCGCGUACAAGUACUGGGCCGAGGACGUGGAGAACUCCGCAUGGUACUUGACGCAGGCAAGUGUCGACUUGGGUCCUAUUUUCACGUCGUUCCUAAUCAUGUUCAACACGAUGAUUCCAAUUUCUCUUUAUGUGAGUAUGGAAAUUGUCAAGGUUGCCCAGAUGUUCCUCUUGAACGAUAUCGACAUGUACGAUGAGGAAACGAAUACGCCUCUUGAAGCACGAACGUCAACCAUCAACGAAGAACUGGGACAAGUGAGCUACAUAUUUUCGGACAAGACCGGUACUCUGACCAACAACACGAUGAAGUUCCGCAAGAUGAGUGUCGCGGGCACGGCAUGGUUCCACGAUCUCGACAUUCGCGAAGAAGAGGCCAAAGAAGGCGAUCGUGGCAAGCUAAUCCACAAGAAGCGAAGUGUCAAAGGAAAGAAAGUCAUGGGACGCAAGUCCAACGUGUCAGAGGUCCGGCCAAGUGGUGUCAGACAAUCGAACGUGUCUACCGGCGUGGAUAUGGCUGGUACUAUGUCCAUGAGGGGUCGAUCCCUGAGGGAUGGCAAGAUGGCUUCCACCUGCCGGACGACGGACAUGGUUGAGUAUAUCCAGCGGAAACCGUACACCGUCUUUGCGCGCAAGGCCAAGCUGUUCCUUCUGUCAAUUGCUCUGUGCCACACCUGCAUUCCUGAAGAGGACGAGAACGGGGAUACGUCGUACCAGGCGUCUUCGCCGGAUGAACUGGCACUGGUCUCGGCCGCGCGGGAACUUGGAUAUUUGGUCCAGGAUCGCCAGUCGAACACCUUGACUAUUCGAAGUUUCCCCGAUGGACCAUAUGAGCCGGCCGUUGACGAGGUGUUUGAGAUUCUGGAGGUUAUUGAGUUCUCAAGUGCACGGAAGCGAAUGUCAGUCUUGGUGCGGAUGCCUGACCAGCGCAUCUGUGUGUUCUGCAAGGGCGCGGAUAGCAUUCUGAUGAACCUGCUGAAGAAGUCUAAUCUGGCGCAAGAGAAGGCCGUCGAGAUUGGGAGGCGCGCGAGCAGGCGCAAGGCUGCAGAAGCGAACUCGAUCAUACGGCACAACAGCGAAUACAACAACCGAAAGGAAAGCGGUUUCAGCAGACCUAGCAUGCACCGUCGUUCAAGUGUUUCUGGUCAGCAGGUUAACACCCUGCGGGACAGCAUUGAUGUUUGGCUGCGGGACCGCGAAACGGACCAUGGUAUCUUGACUCGGGAGAACGACAGCGCGUUUUACAGCCCUCGCCCUUCGACCCAACUUGGACGUGCAUCCAUGGCGGUCUCAGACUCCAGCUCCAUGCAUGAGGCGGAGUAUGAGGACCUGGUGGAGGAGGCGCUGGUGGUCAACGAGACGGCAGUGUUUGAGCGGUGCUUCCAGCAUCUGAACGACUUUGCGACGGAGGGUCUGCGGACGCUGCUGUAUGGUCAUCGGUACCUGGAUGAAGCGACGUAUGAGAACUGGAAGAAGGCGUACCAUGAGGCUUGCACCAGCCUAGUCGACCGGCAAGAGAAGAUUGAGAAAGUGGGCGAGGAGAUCGAGCAACACCUGGAGCUGACUGGUGCGACGGCGAUCGAGGACAAGUUGCAAAAGGGCGUGCCGGAGGCGAUUGACAAGUUGCGACGGGCAAACAUCAAGCUCUGGAUGUUGACUGGUGACAAGCGCGAAACAGCCAUCAAUGUCGGCCAUUCGUGUCGUCUGGUCAGGGAGUACUCCACGGUUGUCAUUCUUGAUCAGGAAAACGGCGAUGUCGAACAGUCGAUUGUCAAGCUCACGGCGGAUAUCACCAAGGGUGUCGUGGCUCAUUCGGUUCUGGUUGUGGACGGACAGACGUUGUCGAUGAUUGAGGCAGACGCGACCUUGCGGGUGCGGUUCCUCAACCUUGCUAUCCUUGUCGACUCGGUCAUCUGUUGCCGUGCCAGUCCUAAGCAAAAGGCGUUCCUUGUGAAGUCGAUCCGUCUUCAAGUCAAGGAUUCCGUAACGCUGGCGAUCGGAGAUGGUGCCAAUGAUAUUGCCAUGAUUCAAGAAGCGCACGUGGGUAUUGGCAUCACGGGCAAAGAAGGAUUACAGGCUGCUCGGAUCUCAGACUACUCGAUUGCGCAGUUCCGGUUCCUGCUGAAGCUGCUUCUCUGUCACGGACGGUGGAAUUACAUCCGCGCGUGCAAGUAUACGUUGGGGACUUUCUGGAAGGAAAUGCUGUUCUAUUUGACGCAAGCGCUCUACCAGCGAUGGAACGGAUAUACGGGAACGAGUUUGUACGAAUCGUGGAGUUUGAGUAUGUUCAACACGCUGUUCACGUCGUUGGCGGUGAUCUUCCUGGGUAUUUUUACGAAGGACCUUGCCGCGCCAACACUCCUGGCUGUGCCGGAGUUAUACAACAAGGGCCAACGACAUGCUGGGUUUAACAUCAAGCUGUUCCUGGGAUGGACGUUCAUGGCAGCGUGCGAAGCGAUGAUCAUCUACUUUACCAUGUACGGGCUGUUUGGCAAUGUGCUUUUCAACAACCGUGCAGGCAACGACAUUUACUCACUGGGACUUGUGACGUUCUCGGCGUGUGUGGUGGUUAUCAACACCAAACUGCAAGCGCUCGAGGUGCACAACAAGACCUACCUGUCGGUGAUCGUGAUGGUAAUCUCCAUCGGCGGUUGGUUCCUCUGGAACAUGAUCCUUUCGUCUCGCUACACCAUGGAAUCCGGCAAAGGCGUGUACCACGUCAACGGCAACUUCCUCAAGCAAACCGGCCACAACCUCUCCUUCUGGGCCGUCCUCCUCGUGACCGUCAUGGCCGUGAUCGUCUUCGAAAUCACCGUCAGCGCAGUCCGAGCAAACCUCCUCCCGACAGACGUGGACAUCUUCCAAGAAUACGAGCAAGACUUGGAGAUCCGGAAGCGGUUUGAAGAAGCCGCCGCGAUGGAGCUACAGCAGGGCUGGGACCGGGGCACGAAGAAGGCGAGUUUCGAGCUGGCGCGCGAGGCAGAGGAGGCGGAAGACGAGGAGGCGCGCGAGAGACAGGUGCAGGAACUCCUGGCGCGGCCUCGGGUUAUGACCAAGACGGGCUCUGGUCAGGUUGCGGUUGCUACUACUAAUAUGGAAUAUGGACCUAAUGUUAAUGAAGUUCCUGGGACGGGACAUUCUGGCGAGGAUGCGCAGCGGUCCAAGGAUAUUCAUGAAUUGUUCAGUAAGGGGUAUGGAGCGAUUCGGAAGGGGCAUUUGAAGUGAACCUGGUAUUUCUUUGCCCAGUUUCUUUGUGUUUUUCUUUUGUCUCUGUGAUUUUGACUGGAGUUGGGAUACCUCUUGUGUUUUUGUAUUAAUAAUCCCCGUUGACUGUCUAUGGACUGUACAGUGGUUUGUAUAAGAUAUCGAUAAAUAGUAUUAGUAUUAUAUGUAUAGACAUCAAUUAUAUUUGUAUGCUCGGAGUGUCUAUAUAGAACUCCGGAUAUUCAUAUCCCACA